AUGGCGGAUACCACUCAAAAAUUCUCUACCUUUAGCUGCGAAAUCAGCAUUUUGGAAGCCAAAAACAUAGAGUUCACGUCCCCAAAGAGGGUGUUCGUGAGAUACUAUCUUUCAGCAGGAAACAACAAGAGGGUCCGCCUCAACACCAAACAAAUCUCCUCCACCUCCAUCUUCGUCUGGAAUGAGUGUUUCUCUUUGGAGUGUUUGGGUUCAAAAGAAUCCAUCCACAGCCUCAAGCAAGCCACCGUCGUUUUCGAGCUCCGGCGGGCCAACAAACUUGGUUUUGUGGGGUCUCAGCUGCUGGGGAGGGGUGAGAUCCCAUGGGAGGAAGUUUUUGAGUCCCCAAACAUGGGAAUUGAGAAGUGGGUGUGUUUGGUUUGUGGUGGUGGUCAAUGUGAAUUAGGGUUGUUAAAGCAACCGAUUAUGGUGAAGGUGGGGAUGAGAGUAAGAGCUGGGGAAGAAAUAAUGGA